UAAAAUUAUGAUUAAAGUAUGACUGCAUCGCUUGUCAGUUGGUUUGUAAACAUUAGCCAUGUUUGUCUCGUCGAUAAGAUAUUCCAAUCCAAACGUUUCCGUAUUACGCCUUCAAUUUCGCUUUCUUUAUUUGCGUCCCAGAAUGCAGACGAGUAAUGUCAGUGCAAUGAGUCCAACAAUCGAACAUUUAUAGUUCUAUCAACGCGCAAUUCGUGUCUUUCCCUCAGUGCAUCAUGAAUAAACUACUGGAAUUAAUAACAAACUAUCGGGAACAACAGCUGCCCAAUAUCUACACAAAUUUCGCGUUAAUAAAACUAAGUGAUGACGAGUUUGACGAUACAGUGCUUCCAAAAUUAUACAAAUUAUUCGACGAUGGACUCCUACGCAAAGAUCUCGUAUUUUUCAAUCUGCUAGCAAAUCCCUGCACAAAACUCUUAUCAAAAAUCGUUGAGUAUGAAAUACAGCAACCAUUAAGUUUACACGAUGGAAUUUCUUUGUUUACGCAUUGUUACUAUCGGCGGAAACACUGGUUCGAAGAAUUGUUGCAUUCUAACGACGUCACAUCACGCGCAUUGCUGAAAUCUUUCGAACCAAGUCUACAAAACGAGAUUAAAAUCUUCCAACUAAUUAAACUGACGAAUCAACAUGUGAUAACCAUUGAAACUGUUCAGAAUCUAUUAGAGUUUAUUGAAACAAAGAAAGUGGACGAUGAAUUUAUCGCGUCAUACGUGACUCAAAUUAAGUAUAUUUUAAAUAUCUUUUUAUAUUGUAAACAAAAAGCGAUUGCAAGUGAUUUAAAUUUAACUGACACGCAAUUGUUCCACGCUGUGAACCAAAAUAAAUUACUCAAGUUGUUUUCGGAGCUUUUGCCAUUAAAUGAAUCUACGAUAUGGAAUGACGUGCAAGAAAAACUGAAAGAAGAAGAAUUAAGAUUUGAAUGCAAUAUUGAAUCUGACAGCGUCAGAGAUGUGGAUGAAUUCACUUCUUUCGUGAUUCUAGCGAAUAUUAUUAAGUGUAUAGGAAAUUUAACAACAGAAAAUAUAUCGCAGUAUGUGAACGAUGCUAGGGACGCAUUAGAAAAUUUGAAUCCAAAGUUAAAUCUGCAGAUUUUAGAGGAUAUCUUUACGAUGUGUUUCUUAAAAUGGAAACAUCUUCAUGAAAAUCUCCAAAAUAAUGACGCAGACACUUUUGUUUGCGCUGAUAAAGAAUUGAGGCUAUUAUUAUACUUUCUUCGGCCUUGUAUUGAUGACUUGAAGUCGAAAAUACCAAUGCGAUCAAACGAAGCGAAUAAUUUACAAGAAUUAAAUCGUCAUGUGAAGGAAGCGCUGUGGCGAUUGGAAAUGUUGGAUGAUUUGGACGCGUUUGAUAUGAGUCACAUGUUAUCUGACUCUGAGACGUUGAUUCAAACAAGUUUGAAGAAAGGACGAUUUGAUAAAGCGCAUCAAGUGAUACAGAUUUUUAAUUUAGAAGAAACACCGCUUGCCAAAGAAAUAGUAUACACGGAAAAACUGAAUGAUCUCCGCUCUCUACUCCAACAAGCUUUCAAACUCCAACAGCUUCAAAAACAAAUGCCGAAUAUAAAUUCGCCGCCAUCUUGUUUCGACAAACACCCAAAGCGAAUAUUAGAUGAUUUUCUAAAGAAUGACAGUGAAACACUGCAUGAUUCAACCGAUGUUGCAUUCAUUGCUGCUAUGAGCCACGACGAUACCAAAGAAGUUUUAGAUUGCAUACAAUUCUCACACAAGUUCCACAAUAAAGUGACAGUAUUAUUAAACAGUAUACAAAACGGAAAUAUACAGGAAAUACUCACAAGCGCAUCCUACGAUCUCGACUUAGAAGCAUACCGAACUAAAUUACAGUUUUACCAUGAAGUCAAACACACGCUUGCUUCAUUUAAUAAUUAUUUAAGCAAUACCUCUACUGAUGGAAACGAUGCACAGCUACAUUUAAUCUACAAAACAUAUUCUGACUUAAAACAACUCGCAGGGAUAAAAGAAGUGAAUCAAACGAGUUAUUUUCACCGCGUGUUUAAUUAUCUCAAACUUUUCCUGAGAAUAUUUAAUACUGAAGGCAGUAAUUCCGAUUUAAUAACUCGGGGAAAUUUUGUUUCUUAUUUUGAUCAAUUGCGACGGUGUCGUUCUGAUUGGAUGAGAAAAUUAUUGUUUGAACGCAAGAUGGAUCCAAGGGACUUUGAACAUCUGUUUGGAAAACUCAAAAUUGAUCUUUUAUACACCACAGCAACGAAUUGCUUCCCACAAAUACGAUUGAUAGACCGACACGCAUGUGUUGAUAGACUGUAUGAGUAUCAGGAACCUACUAAAGUUGUUUUUUCUUACAUCGCGAAACGUAACUGGUUAUUAGCAUUCAUUAUAAAUGAAAUUUUCAACUUUGAACAAAUGGAAGUCAAUGAAACACGUACAAAAUAUUUCACUCAGUUUACUAAUACCGUGGAAAUUGAUCAUUUAAAAAGACUAUUCAGUAAUAAUAAAAUUGUCACGGCUUUACAUCAGGAUUAUUAUGAAAGAUGUGUGAAUUUUGUAAAUAAACAUAUGUUGGAUGAAGAAACUUCAGAUGAACCAGCAGUGGAACCAGCUGAAGAAAUAUCAGAAGGACAUUUAAGAAGUACUUGGAUGAAUAUGUUGUUGAUUAUUAAUAGUAUACCAGAGUGUAAAUUCUCACAGGAAACUUACAACUUGCGAGACACGAUAUUGAUGAACUUGAUUACUGAUACCUACGAUGAUGAAAGUUAUAAAUAUGUAAAAUAUAUUAAGAGUGAUGAUCUACGAGGGAAAGUAAUCCUGGAAAACUUUAUGACAUGGCCUGGAGAAUUCUGUGUGUCUUUAUUAAAGAUGGAGGUUGAUCUUGAACUGAUAAAAUGGUCGGAAAAGAUUCAAUUUUGUGAAGAUGUUCGACUACGAUUCAAAUAUGAUUCGUGGUAUGCCGUUCACAAUUUAUGCUUGGUGUCACCACAAGAAGUUUAUGAAAAACUGCUAACAACACCGAAAACUAAUUUAUUAUUAAGUUUCGAUAAGUUUUACGAUGCAAAGAAUCUUCUGCUAAAUAUUCCAACGCAUUACAUGGCUGCCUUGUUCAAUUGUAGUGAAAAUUUAAUCAGCAUUCAAGAACUUUUAUCAAAAUUAGAAAAUCCAAUAGCUAUGUGUUUGGAAUUAGUAGAAACAGUCCGAAAUUUAAACCAACUGGAGUUUAUUAUUGAAUAUCUAAAGGAACAAGGGUAUGAUGAUGAAAACUUUUUGAAGAAUGUCCAUGUAAGUUCAAAGAUAUUACGAAACUUUCAACUUCAUGAACGAGAAUUACUAUGGUGUUUAAUUAACAGUCCGUUGUCAUUGAUAGAAAUGUUAAUUAUGAACACAAAGUUGGAUAAACUCGGCGCUAUCUUGGAAGACAUCCGUGGUGAUUUAGAAAACUGCGAGUUUAAUGACAAUGUCAUAUCUUUAGAAGCAAUCGAUGAGUUGCUCAGAAAAUACGCUGAGAAAAGUUUGGAUAUUCGAAUCAUUCUCGCGCCGCAUCCAAGUCUCCUGAAAGGAUCCGAUAAUAAACUUAUGGAGAGUUUGGAUUCCAUCUACGGACCGGAUAGAAAAUACUUUGAAAUGCCGCAGAAUGUGCCGAGUAAAUCUGAAUGGAUUCCGAAUGAUCAAGUGUUGGAGUGUAUGUGUUGCCAGAACACGGUGUUUUCUAUGUUUAACAGGAGACAUCACUGCCGACGUUGCGGACGUGUGAUUUGCUUCAACUGUUCAACAAAACGCAUGCAAGUGCCUACAUACGGAGAUAUUUUAGUUCGCGUCUGUGUGGAUUGUUAUGAUCAAUCUAAAACAGACGCGAAAAGUGAUAGCACAUCAAACAAGUCAGUCGUCUGUGAUUAUUGGUUCCUAUCGGAUAGUUCUGAACACAAUUCGAUUGUUAGACAAGAAUUUUCAUACGAACAUGCUCCAAGUGUUUCAUUAUGUCUAGCGAUUAUGAAAUAUCAUACAAAAACACAUUCUUAUCCAAAGUUUCUAUUGGAUCAAUGUGAUGUCAUGUUGAAACUACUGCAACCUCCUGCACAGAACGCUCCCCAAGAAGUUGACUACAUUCUAGUGAUAAAAAUGUUAAAGUCAUUGGCGAUAGCAGCAAAAAUGAUAUCAUCCGAGUGCCAACUACCAUGGGGCUCUUCACAAGCUGAUCGUAUACUAUCCCAAGCUGAUUUAUUUGCUUUGCUAGCUGAACGCGGUUGUUUAAAUCUACUCCCGCCAUCAUCUUCCGGUGCACCGUAUGUAGACGGUAUAAUUUUACGAAAAUUACGCGAUAAACUAUUAAUGCAAGAACAGUGGUCUUUCGCGUUGGACGUAUCAACAAAAGCUGGCUUAGAAAAUGCGGGCGUCUUUGCCGCCUGGGGAAAGAGCUGCUUGAAAGCCGGAUGUUUACAAAUGGCCCGCGAGAAGUUCCAGCGUUGUUUUGAUAAAUCCGGUCAUUAUGAUUCUCUAAGCGUUAGCGUUGUAGAUGAUGAUCUCAUUGAUGGCGCUGGUUUCCGAUCGAAAUUCUCACGUUCUAGUACAACAGAUAAUAAACCACUCAAAAAUCCAGCUAUUUUGGAGCAGAUUAUUGAGAUUCUUGAAAGUAGAACGAUUAGUUUUACAUCACAAACUUCUCCUCGAAAAACCACCGACAAGAACAAUGCAAGCGCCAUUUUGAUUAAAGCCAAACUACGUAAUUUAAAAUCUAUUGCAAAUGGCAACCUAGAAUCUAAAACAGAUUUCAAAGGCUGUAAUCUUGAUCCUGUUUAUUUCCAAGAGUGCUUAUAUUAUUUAAAUAAGUACGGCAGUCAUCUAGGAUUACUGCAGUUUUAUUUAAAGCAUAAUAAUAUCACGCAAAGUUUGAUAUACAUGUAUGAUAACAAAGUUGCGGUUGAUAUUUUUAUCGAAGUAUACAUUAUCUGUCUAAAAGACGGGAAAGUAAAUCAACUACAAAAAGCCAUGUCACGGAUUGAUUCUACGCUGGAGAUUUGGAAAGACUAUCUCAAAGGAAUCUGCAGGCAUCUUGAAAAGCAAGGAUUGUUAAACUCUUUAUAUCAACUGCAGCAAUACAUGGUUGAUUAUGUCCGCGCCGCAAUGACCUGCAUACGAUUCUAUAAGGACAAUGCAACUUCUUAUCAAGAAUUGUCGUCAAAUAUUCAUUUCCUCGACAAGGCAGAGGCGCAUUUCCUACAGGAACUUGAACAACAACAAUGGGUCGAAGUAAACGCGGUUGUUAAGAAUAUCAGUGACAAUAGUUACGAAGAAAAACCAGCUCUUUCAAAUCCUUCGCUAGUGAUGAAGAUGGAUUCGAGAACAAUCGAACAACACAUUCACACGAUAAAGCGCCAGAGUCAAUUGACAAAGUUUUUAGCUCAACAAGAAAAGAGUGAUUUACAAUUGAUGCAAUUACUUCCACAACGUCCACAUCCAAAACAACUACCUACACUUUUUGACUCUAAUAGUGAGAAAGUACAGUUAGCUGUACUCUUGAUCAUCAGCGGGGAAAAGGUCCAGGAUGGUUAUGACCUGGCCUAUAGCAUUAUACAAGAUUACAAGUUAAAAACUCUGAAGGUGUAUUGCGACGCAGGUCGACAAUUGGCGCGUGAAGAUCGCUACAAUGAAAUUGCUGAAUUGGUCAACUGUAUACGCAGUAAAGGCUUAAACGACCCGGCUGUUACCAGUAUCUGCGACGAGAUGUUGACAUUGGCUGUGCGCACGCUUAAUCGCAACGAUGUACCAACCUCGCAACUCGAAUCAUUGAUCAAACUCAUCACGGACCGCGCGACGAAAAUAUCCAUUUAUAUUGAGACACGUCAGUUGAAGAGCGCGUAUCUUUUAGCAGCUAAAUAUAAUCGAUUCGGUGACAUUCGUCGGAUUCUUCGCGAAGCCGAAUUGAUUAAUAAACAAGACAUUAAAAAGCUAUGCCAGAGGCUGCUGCAAGUUCAUAGCCAUUCGAAAGACUGAAUGUGAUGGAAUUUUAUCACAAUUUAAUACCACAUUCAGUGACAAACAUCAGAAUAUCCAAAUGCGUUAAAAACUUAAUAUCAAUAGCAGUUUUAAAGUAAUGUAUAAAAAAUAAAAAUGAUAUAUAUCAGCUUAAUCAAAAACAGAUAA